UCUUUCUUCUGUACCGCCAACAUAGCAGCAACUCACCGACUCCUGCUAGCAAUUGAACGACGAUAUCAACGAAGCUCAUACCAAUAACACGAACGCAGACGAUAGAACGAGCAGAGAUGGAGAAUGGAGGCGCACCACAGCAGGGGGAGGGAAAGGACCCAAGCGGGUUCUUGGGCGAGAUCAUCAACAGCGCUGUUACUGUCAAGUUGAACUCUGGAGUCGUGUAUAAAGGCUCCCUCCAGUCCGUCGACGGAUACAUGAACAUCGCCCUCGAGAACUGCACCGAGCACGUUGAUGGCGCGAGGCGGCGCAGCUACGGCGACGCGUUUAUCCGCGGGAACAAUGUGAUGUACAUCUCCGCCGACUGAUUUCGAGACCUGCUGUUGGGCGGUACUAUGUGGAAGUGAGGUGAGGAGAGGAGAGGAGGAUACAUGAGACUGGAAGAAUGAGUAAAGGGGGAGUGGGGUAGAAGAUCGUCGGGACCUGCCAUCUACAGACCCUCUACGACUACGAACAAAAAUCAUACGGGAAGACGGUGACGACGAUGCAUUGCCAUGCGUAGGUGCACAUUGAUGCGUUUCUACACCGAUGGAGCACCGACGUUGUUGGCUAGUCGCUCUGCGAUGGGGGGGUGCAAUCUGCGAGACGGGCGCAUUGCAGAUAUGUCGGGGGCA